CGACUCAACAAAAUGGGGAGUCCGUACCCGUUGCCGAUCCUAAGUAGGGAUUACUAACCAUUGUUUUCUAAAACCCUAAUUCCUUCAACCCAUCAUCUCUAAAACCCUUCAUUUCUAAACCCCAUCUCGUCUCACCAUUCUUUUCUUACCGAUCAUGAGGCUCUUAUGCACACUUUCCUCUCUCUCUUCUUUUUCUUCUUCCUCCUCUGUUUCUUUUCCAACACGCCCUCUCCUUCUUCACUUUUCUCAAUUUUCAACUUCUUCUUCCUGGCGCCAUGAGGAGGAUUCUCGAAAUGUAAGGGUUUCAGUCUGGUGGGACUUUGAGAAUUGCAACAUUCCUUCUGGUACCAAUGUCUUUAAGGUUGCCCAUUUAAUCACUGCUGCUGUUAGGGCCAAUGGCAUCAAAGGUCCUGUUCAGAUUACUGCUUUUGGUGACGUUUUUCAGCUCUCCAGGGCUAACCAGGAGGCUCUCUCUUCUACUGGAAUUAGCCUCAAUCACGUUCCUCAAGGUGGUAAAAACAGUGCUGAUAGGUCUCUUCUUGUAGAUCUUAUGUACUGGGUUUCUCAAAACCCUCCACCAGCACAUCUUUUUCUAAUUUCUGGUGAUAGGGACUUUGCCAGCAUUCUGCACCGUUUGAGAAUGAAUAAUUACAACGUGUUGCUAGCAAGCACUGAAAGUGCUCCUGGUGUUUUAUGCAGUGCUGCAAGCAUCAUGUGGCAUUGGCAUGCUUUAAUUAGAGGGGAAAAUUUAGUCGGAAGGCAUUUUAAUCGACCACCUGAUGCUUUUUACGGUCAUUUUAGGGUUCCUCUUGAAGACCCAUUUCCAGUUAAUGGGAAACCAUCUUUUUUACGAGUCCAGGAAGUUUCUGAGCUCAGUUCAGAUCCUAGGGCCCGUCCCAUUCAGGUUUCUGAGCUCAGUUCAGAUCCUAAGCCCCGUCCCAUUCAGGUUUCUGAGCUCAGUUCAGAUCCUAAGCCCCGUCCCAUUCAGGUUUCUGAGCUCAGUUCAGAUCCUAAGCCCCGUCCCAUUCAGGUUUCUGAGCUCAGUUCAGAUCCUAAGCCACAUCCCAUUCAGGUUUCUGAGCUUACUUCAGAUCCUAAGCCCCGUCUCAUUCCGAAGGCAGUCAUUAAGCAUAUAGACAACAUUUUGAAGUUGAAUCCCAAAGGACUCCCCAUUACAGAUCUUCGCUCAGAGUUGGGAAAGUGUGGUAUAUUUAUAGACAAGGACUUGUAUGGUUACAAAAAGUUUUCUCGAUUUCUUUUGUCAAUGCCACAGAUUUUAAAGCUUCAAGCAAAUGGUGAUGGCCACUUUAUUGUCCAUAGUGCCACUCCAAAGCAGCCCAAAGAAGAAUUAGAGUCUAGUACAGGUACAUUUGGUAAUGGCACUGAAGAGCAGGACCCUAAUCUGACAGCAAAGUUAAGUAACGAUGAUUCCUCAACAGGACCGAUGUGUGUACCAGUCCUUCUAUCCGAUGCCCACACCCAAGGCAGACCAUUGAAGGAGAAACCAACUUCCGAAUUUGGGAAGUCCAUUGGUGAAGCUAUGGAAGGGGAACCUUCAAGAUCCCCUGUUUCUGAGCAGGACCCUUAUCUGACAGCAAAGUUAAGUAACAAUGAUUCCUCAACAGAACCGAUGUGUGUACCAGUCCUAUCCGAUGCCCACACCCAAGGCAAACCAUUGGAGGAGAAACGAACUUCCAAAUUUGGGAAGUCCAUUGGUGAUGUUAUGGAAGGGGAACCAUCAAGAUCCCCUGUUUCUGAGCUAAGUGCUAUAGAAGAUUCGAAGCAGACAAAUAAAGUUGAAGCUGACAGUAAUACAACUCCUUCAAUUGGACAGCAUUCUAAGGCCAAGACGGGAGUUUUUAGAAGAAUAUGGAGAAAGCUUUUAGGCAAUAAUGACACUAUGUCUGAAAAUGGAAGUCAUUGUAUUUCUGAAAAAUGCUCUACAACAGAUGAUACUUCGAAGCAGAAAAGUUGCGGUGGCCUUGUGGCAACUUAUUCUGGUGACAGGCUUGGGGAGGCAAAAACUGAAGGAAGAACUGCUGAGCCAAUGAGUGAAGAUGCUAAUUCAGUGCAUCAAGUUUUAAAUUCACCUGAUCGUGAGUUUGUUAAGCCUCAGAAAGAAGUCAUAGUUGACAGUGCACAUGAUGAUAAAUCUAGUUCUAAUCAAGGACUACUUAAUAGCAUUAGAAAUUGGUUCAAGCUUUGGGGAAGGAGUACUGAGAACAGUGAAGUCAGCGAGCACUAUUGUGAACAAAACCAGUUAAAGAAUCAAUCUGGGAAGCAUCAUCUUUUUUCCAGCGGUUCUACUGAGAACAGUGAAGUCAGCGAGCAUUCUUGUGAACAAAACCAGCUAAAGAAUCAAUCUGGGAAACAUCAUCCUUUUUCCAGCAGUUCUACUGAGAACAGUGAAGUCAGCGAGCAUUCUUGUGAACAAAAUCAGUUAAAGAAUCAAUCUGGGAAACAUCAUCUUUUUUCCAGCAGUUCUACUGAGAACGGUGAAGUCGGCGAGCAUUCUUGUGAACAAAACCAGUUAAAGAAUCAAUCUGGGAAACAUCAUCUUUUUUCCAGUAGUUCUUUCUGGCAAGACAUGCAAUCCUUUAUGGGAACACCUACAGGAGUGGAGAUUAUUUCACGGUCAAAAACCAGGUCUGAGAUAGCUCAAAAUCUGCUAGAGAGAGGACCUCCAAUUCUGAACACUUUAAGCACUAGUGAACUCUUCGACUUAUUGGAAUUAUUAAUAUCAGACAAGAAAUGGGUGGAGGAAUUCCCAUCUAAAACAUUUCCUUUUAAGCUCACUCUCUCUAUUGCAAGGAAAAGCUCUUGCAUGAAACCAUUGGAUCGUGCUAAUGGAUUGGCAUCAAUCUUUUCAAACAAAGAGUCACGGCUCAGUUUCAAGGGACCUCGAAAACAUGAUUCAGAUUCAGAUAAGAAAAAUGAAAAUAUUCCUCCUGAAGCUGGAACUAAUAAAACUAAGACUGAAAACACAUUUCCUGAGAGGACGAGAUACGAGAUGUUAGGUGACUGUCAAAAGCUCGUGGGUGAGAUCUUGAGGGAUUACCCAGAAGGAUAUAAUAUAGGCUCCUUCAGAAGACUGUUUCUUGAGAAGUAUGGGUAUCAUCUUGAUUUGAAGAAGCUUGGUUAUCCUAAGUUGGUAUCGUUGCUGCAGAUAAUGCCUGGAGUGACAAUAGCAUCCACCUUUAUAGUUCCUACCAGUAAUGCCCCUAACGUUUCAAUGCUGGAAACAACUCUUCCCAGUAAUUCUGAGAAAAAAGCUUCUGAUGCUGUAGCAAACUCGAACUCUGAUAAUGAAUCAUCUGACCUGCCUAAAAAGGAUGAUGAUUUUGAGUCUGCAUGGGAAGAAUUGGGUCCAGCCUGCACAGAUUGCAACAACAAAGAGGAAUUGACAUUGAGUAGUGAAACAACAGAAGCGAAUGAGAAAAGAACCGAAGUUUAUUAUGAACCUGUCCUUUCAGAGGAUGAAACUGAUGGAGAGUCUUGUCCUCCCACGGAAGUGCCAGCCAAACAACGAACAAGUGAGGAAGAAAGUUCUUUAAUUCAAAUUCUUGAUUCAUGGUAUAGCAGCAAAGAAAACAUUAGGAAAGACAAGACAGAAGAUAGCGAUGAGACCUUUGUUGUUUCUGAAAAUAGCUUGAAGCUUUCUAGUUUAGCUCCCAAAAGUGAAGAAAAUACAGGAAGCUUUGGUACAAAGAAAAGACAUCGAAAGUAUUGUUUUGUUUCAGACACCACUGAAAAUGGCAAGGAUAAGCUGAUCGAUGGGAUUUUGGGUACCUUGAAAAAAUCUAGCGAGUCAGAUAAACUGAAUCAAGCAUGAUGGAAAAUAUGGAAAGUUCACCUUUUGUUUUCUUGAAUCAAAUUUCUUUAGUUCUCAGUGAGGCGAAAUAAAUAUGAGUCGGAUAGAAACCAAGGAAAUCUUUUGUAUUUAGUGAAAAGGAUAAAAGAUGAGAGAACAAACUAAACUUAAGCUAGUGAAAUAGUUGACAUAAGACGAGUUUGUGACAUUAAAUUUUUUGGUGCAAAACUGAAGUCAAAUGUUUUCCUUUUACCAA